CGUUACCAUAGAGACGAAACAGCAAUACGUUACGGUGGAAAAAGCUGCAGGAAAGUGAGGACAUGGACUCGGAGUAUAUAAAGAAACAUCUGGGUAAAUGCCUGGCGGAAGGACUGGCUGAAGUGGCUGAGCGGCGACCGGCGAACCCCGUCCAAUACCUGUCUCACUGGCUUUACAAGUACAACUCUGGGGUUGAAUACGAGUCUGAGAAAAAGGCUAAAUUGGCUGAGCAGGAGCAGGAGCAGGCAAAAGCCCGGGAAGAGGCUCUAAACCAGGAGAAGCUGAAGGAGGAAGAGCAGAGGAUCAGAGAGGCCUCGCUCUCUACGAAGCCCAAUGAGUCCGAUGGAGCUCCUGCAACCACAGCAGAGGCUGGCGAGGAUGACAAACCUAUAGAAAAAGAGAAGUCAAGCACUCCUGAUCCGGAUAACCAGGACGAAACACAUGGACAGGAACCGGAAGUGCAGAGAAAUGGCGGUGAACAGGAGGCAGAUGAAGAUAAAACCGAUAAAUCUGAAAACUUGACCCAAGAAGAACUAGCCUCAGCUCCACAGAGUGAGGACAACAAUCCAGAGAAGACAUUUCCUGAUGAAGAACGAGAAGAAAACAUGACAGACACCCAAGAGCAGUUCUUAGUUAGCAGGAAUAUAACCCCCGCCUCAUCUCAGGAGUCGAAGAGUGCAACCUCUGACGAUUCAUCUCCGGCCGAGAGUGACCCGGCUGCAGAGGGAGGGGGGGCAGAGCAAGAGACCCGACAAAGGGAAGUGGAAAAGCCUCCGGAAGACUGAUACCAGAUCCUAAAGGCCAACUGAUGGACUGAUAACAUUCC